AAGCUUCAGCCAGGCAAACUGGCGAGCGACGGGUUCCCAUCAGAGCCCCAGGACAGUCCACAGUCUCACUGCUGCCUCCACCAGACGCGGACCCUCACCCUGCCGCCCCCUCCGACCGGAGCUCCACCAGCUGCUGGGAUGACAGAUGGAUGGUGAAAGAGAAAGUCUUUGAGUGAAGAGAAGACAGCAGAGGAGAGGGCGAGAAGAUCGAGUGAGGAACUUUCAGAGAACUUCAAGAUCCAGGACUUUUCUAGAACCAAGCUGGUCUUCGUCGGUGACCCUCAUCAUGUCGGCAUCUGCAGCUCUGUGGUUGCUGCUGUUGAUAACAGGUGUGAGAAGCCUCUCUUCUGCUCGGACCACCAACCAGCUCAGCAGCCAGGGGGACGACGCCAUCAGCCCUGAUCACAGCCUACACUUGGAGGAGGUCCUCGAUCUAGACCUGGACCAGCAUCAUCGGCAGGCCCGUGGCACCGAUGAAGACGAGCAGCAGUCCACUUUUGGGCAGUAUUUUGAGUUUGACACCGUCACUGCUCCGCUGGAAAGUGAGUUCAACACAUCCAGCAGAAGACAUAACCAAACCAGGGCCAGCCCCGGACUCCGCAACCCCUUCUACCCGCUGGACGAGAGCUCCUAUGUGGCCUACGCCAUCCUGUUUCUGGCCGGUCUGGUGCUGGCGGUGGGUGUGGUGGGAAACAUGGCGGUCAUGUGCAUCGUGUGGAACAACUUCUACAUGAGGUCGGCCUGGAACUACCUGCUGGCCAGCAUGGCAUUCUGGGAUUUCCUAGUCCUGAUUAUCUGCCUUCCGGUGGUGGUUCUCAACCAGCUCUCCCAGAGGAGGAUCCUUGGUGACAUCACUUGUCGCGUGGUGCCUUAUAUGGAGGUCGUGUCUCUCGGCAUCACCUCCUUCACCCUGUGUGCUCUGGGGAUCGAUCGGUUCCACGCUGCCACCAGCUCCUCCCACCUGAAGGAACGGCGAGUGGAGCGCUGCCGCUCGGUGCUGCUGAAGCUGCUGCUGGUGUGGCUCACGGCCCUCCUGCUGUCCAGCCCUGAGAUCUUCCUCUGGCAGCUCACGCAGAGUGUGUCCCCUUCCACUGGCCAGCUGGCUGACUCCUGCACCAUCACCUCCUCCUCUCCUCUUUCACAUUACCUGCCCGACUCCCUCCACUCCCUGCUGCUGAGGUACCUACAGGGUCGCAUGUGGUGGUGCUUCGGAUGCUACUUCUGCCUCCCUGUUCUCUUCACCGUUCUUUGCCAAAUGGCCACCCGCAACGUCAACAGCGACUCCAGCUCCGCCCAGAAGCAACGGAGCCAGGAGGACCGCUCGUCCAGCCAGAAGCGACAGCAGCACCAGGUGGUGGAGCGGCAGCUGAACUGCACGCUGCUGGCGCUGGCCGUGGUCUACGGCAUCUGUGCCCUGCCCGAGCACGUGUGCAGCAUCACGCUGGCCUACACACGGAUAACCAUCUCUGAGCACACAGCAGCCAUGCUGGCGCUCUUGAACCACUUCCUGUUGUUCUUCAAGUCGUCCGUCACCCCGGUCCUGCUGCUUUGCUUGUGUAAGGCUCUGGGCCAGGCGUUCAUGGACUGCUGCUGCUGCUGCUGUCAGGAGUGCCAGAGGUCCACGGCUCAGGGCUCUCCGAGCUGCGCUCACACCAAACUCAAGUCCUCCAACGAGACGUCCAUCUUUUACGACAAGGCUAAAGACACAUCUGCGAUCCUUUCCAUUUCCAGCUAGAGCUGUGUUCCUAAUGAUCUGCUCCACACGUGCCACUUUUCUACAUCUGUAGCGUUUUUUGUCGAGCUCUGUUUGCAGCCAAGCCAUCUUGGUUGACGCCGUGUUUUCAUGCAGCUGAACUGUGGACUGAGGAUGACCAUUAAUCUUAAGAAAUGUCGGAAGAGAUGCUUGCACUAGUGAACGACUCCACGAGGACUCAUCUGCUCUACCAAGUUUGUUGUAGGCUGUUAACCUGAAUGUGACUGGUCGGGUCUGUUUGGCGGAGUGAUGGACGUAGAAGUUUGGACUCCUUUGACUGUAGCGUAGCAAGAGUAUCGUAGAACCAAGCUAACGUCUUUGUAACAGUAGAGGGGAGUCGAUGUAAAACCCAUAACGCUGACUAGCUCUUGGAAUAUGAAAUGUGCGAGUUGAUGUUGGAUUUCAAUGACCAAAUUGAAGAUGGGAAUGAAAACAGUUAUUCAAAUGAUUGCCGUUUUAUAUUUUUGGACAGAGAAGCCGGCUGACUAACAGCUGAAGUGGAACGUGAGCGGAAAACACAGCUCGAGUUUUGACUGCAACCUAAGGUUCUGACCUGUGCUUUUGUGAUCGGGAAAGUUACACACAAUAAACGGUCAGAUUUC